AUAAAUGGUCUCACUUUAAAAAUAGGUCAUAAAAUGCACAAAAAUAUAAAUAACUGUUAGACCGCUAAGAAAACUAAAGAGCAAAACUCAAUAGACGCGCAAGAAUUAUCAAACAUUAGUGCAGAUAAAACUACCGAUAAGUAAUUGAAAGCAAGUCGAGGUAUUAUGGCGGAAGAGGAUUCGUUCGUUAUUUUAGGCAGUUCCCCUCUGCCGUCGCUGUACUCUCAUGGAAAUUCUCUUCUACACGAUGCCCUGGAGUAUGAUGGAGAUGGAAAUGGAGAAACCGCAGUGGCUGCGACAGAGAAUACAGCUGCUAUUGCUGCUCCUGUCAGUUUGAAUCAACAAAACGAAAUUGCGGAACUAACAAAAUUAAAUGAAAACAGCCUACCCACAACUUUGCCAUCGGAGCAAAAUUCAUUGGCUGCCAGCUUCCUCUUAGGCGAUGUUAAUCCUGAUGUGCUUAAGAACAGCGUAUACUCACAAUUUCCCAGCCUUUGCUCUAUGCAAGCUUGUGCCGAGGAUGUUGUAAAACUACAAACAAUGAUGACCGAAUAUGUGGCUCUAAAACAAACUUUGGAUAAAGUUAAUCAUACGAUGCAGGAAUAUUAUAAAAUUACCCAGAAGUGGCGAGAGGAAGCAUCUGGAAGGGAAGAGGCAUAUAAACAAAAGCUACAGGAAUGUCAAUUGCAGAUAGAUAAAUUAACUGAGGAAAACCGACAACUAAAAAAGGAUGUUGAAGGGAAUUUGGAGCAAAUGCGUCUGGUAGAGAGUAUCAGACAAAAGGAACACGAUGAACUUCGUCAAAGUGUGUCGGAAAAAUCUUCGUUAAUAAGCAAUAUGCGUGUUGAAAUUGAUAAACUGCAACAACAUCAAGUACCGUCCUUCGAGUACGUUCCUGAAGCUGUCACUACAGAAUCUGAAUAUAUUAAACGCGAGGAACAUGAACUUCAAGUUAAGGAUCUAAAACGACAAAUGUCACAAUUAUUGGCCGAAAAUCUUGAAAUCAAUGAUAUGAAAAAAACAUAUAUUGAUGAGAUCAACUGUUUAAAGGUCAACCUGACAAGUGCAGAAGAACUUUUUAAUGCAACGCGCGCCGAUGUCAAUAAUUUAAAAGCUAAGGAUCUUCAAAAAGAUGAAGAAAUUGCAUAUUUGAAGACACAAAUCGAUAUUUAUAGAAGAGAUUUUGAAAUGGAACGCGCUGAUCGGGAAAAGAAUGCCGGUGAAAAGGAGCAAUAUUUAGUGGAUUUGCGAGCAUUGCAAAGACGUAACCAAGAGCUCAUCGAGGCUCUGGCUGAAUCGCACAAAAAUAGUAAAUCUAGUUAUACGCCGUCAACAUCAGCUAGCACGAGCACUGUACGAGAUGAGCAGAGACCGGUAAGGGUGUUGGAUCCAACAGGCGCAGCUGCAAAGACAGCGGAUACAGAAUUCCGUUGUCCGAUCUGCUCGAAAUCAUUUAACGCAUUAACUGUUCUGCAAAGUCAUGUUAAUGACUGUCUGGAUAAAAAUUAAUCUUUCUUUUUGUUUGUGUAUAA